ACCAAACAACAUAUUUGUUUUGGUGUCCCCUUUUUAUUUUCCUUCUGUAUAUUUGUGUUUCUUGACUUUUCUUGUUUUUGUUCUUCAUUUUCAUUUCCCAUGUAAGUUAAGUGUUUGUGUAAAUUGAGAGUAGAAAAAAAUUUUGAAGGAUGAGGAUGGUAAGAGCCAUUGAUUCUACAGAAUGUCCUAGUGUUUGUGGGUUCUUGGUUGUUGAAGCUUAUCCCAAAAGGUACUCUUCCAAGAUCCCUUCUGAUUUAGUCCUUUUCUUGGGCCUUGGCUUCAUAGAUUGGUAAUCCUAUACAUUCAAAAAGAUACACAAAUUAUAUAUUACUUCUGUUUAUUUGAAAAAAAAAGAUAAUUUUGGGGGAAUAAAGAUUAUGGGUUUUGCAAGAUUUACUCAGUUUCUCUCACCUGUCUUUGGAGGGUUUAAUGAGAUUCUUGGGUUAGGGUUGAAUAUAGUCUUCAUCUAGCUUUUCUUUUGACUUGUAUGGUAUUUUUGGCUGUUUUCCUAUCUGGGUUUUUGAGGGUUUGUAGUUAUGUGAUGAAUAAGUAAGAGGGAUUUAAUGGUGGUGUGAAUGUUGUUGUUGUUGUUGGGAUUAGUAUGAUGGAUGUGUUCUUUGUAAAGAUUGAUUUUUUUUCAAGAAAGUUCCUUUGGGUACUUAAGAAUUGGAGCUAGCAUUAGGAAUUAGAGAGCCCCUAUUUUCAAGGGAGAAAUUUGUGAAAUGGUAGAUACUCUUCUUACAACACUGUCAAUGGAGAAUCAUCAUCCUUCAACCCUUUUGUCAAUGGAUUCUAGUGCUUCUUCUUCACAUGAUGAAUUAGACCUUGAGAUGAACCGACAAGUUGUCAUAACUCGUCCCCCUGAUAUCAAUUUGCCGUUAUCAGCUGAGCGUAGCUCGCCUACUCAGGCGUGGAACGAUAUUCUUGAUGUCGGGCUAGGGACACAGAUCUAUGAAACUGAAACUUUCCUUAGUGUGCCUAAAGUAGGGAGGAAAUGUGCAAAACGUGUAGAUAGCAUCUGGGGUGCUUGGUUUUUCUUUAGUUUCUACUUUAAGCCUGUUUUAAGUGAGAAAUCUAAGGCUAAGAUGAUCCGGGAUAGUAAUGGUAUAUCUGGUUUUGAUAAAACUGAUCUCCAGCUUGAUGUUUUCAUGGUUCAACAUGAUAUGGAGAACAUGUACAUGUGGGUAUUUAAGGAUAGACCUGAGAAUGCAUUGGGUAAGAUGCAGCUACGGAGUUACAUGAAUGGGCAUUCUCGACAAGGGGAGCGUCCAUUUCCAUUUAGCGCUGACAGGGGUUUCAUUCGAUCUCAUAGGAUGCAAAGGAAGCAUUACAGAGGCCUAUCAAAUCCUCAGUGUGUUCAUGGGAUUGAGGUUGUGUCGUCCCCCAAUCUCAUGGUUCUUGAUGAAGAGGAGCGCAAAAGAUGGAAGGAACUCACUGGUAGGGAUGUGAACUUCACUAUCCCACCGGAAGCUAGUGAUUUCAGUACAUGGAGAAACCUCCCCAACACCGAAUUUGAGCUUGAGAGGCCGCCUCCGCCAAUAAAGAGCAAUCCACCUUCCAACUCAAAGAAACUGCUUAAUGGUUCUGGGCUUAAUUUGUCAACUCAGCCGUCCAAUCAUAGCAAUGGAGACGCAAUGGAUCUACUACCUGUCAACGGCAAAAGGAAAAAAGACUUCUUCUCGAAUGGAACUGAAGAAGAGUGUUAUCUGCAAGUAAAUCCUCCUCCGUAUCAAAUUCCAGACCUUGAAAUUCACCCAAAUGAACCGAAUUGGUUAAAUGAAUUUAGUGGGGUGAUGAGGGAUGCUUAUGGCCCUGUUACAGCGGCGAAAAGUAUCUACGAAGAUGAAGAAGGUUAUUUGAUCGUAAUCAGCUUGCCAUUUGUAGAUCUUCAAAGAGUGAAAGUUUCAUGGCGGAACACGCCCACACAUGGGAUAAUCAAGAUGUCUUGUUUGAGCACGUCUCGGAUUCCAUUCAUCAAGAGACAGAAUAGGACUUUCAAGCUUCAAGUUUCAUCCUCCGAACACUGCCUUCCAGGAGAGUUCAUCAGAGAAAUUCCUCUUCCAGCCAGAAUUCCUGAAGAUGCUAAACUUGAAGCAUAUUAUGAUGAAUCAGGAACGGUGCUUGAGAUAUUGGUGCCAAAAGUUCGCGAGGGGACAGAAGAAGAACAUGAAGUUCGGGUUUGUCUCCGUCCUCACCUUGUUGGAAAUGACCUCAUGUUGACCUAAACGCGUACUUGGGGAAAUGCAUGGGGGUGGUUGUUAGGACUGGUGCUUCGUUCAGUACUGACUUUGUAUUAUCUGUAGUGUGGUUUUAUGGAGACACACUAAAUGUUGUGGUUGGCAGUUGUUAUCUUGACUAGUUUUUAUUGUAAGAGUGUUUGCUAUGGA